GCAGGCCUAAAAUGGCUUCACACGUCAAGAAAAUCAUCAGUAUGUCCAGUUUCGUCACGCAGAGCAGGAUCAACCGCAGCAUGAUAGGGAGCAGGAAGAGUAUAAGUAUACACGCUGACAGCAAAGUCAUGGAUAAGAACUCGGUGUUUGGUGGGAAACAAUCCGUACCGGUUUUCGAUGAAGAAGGCAAUGAUGUCACUCCUCGGUCACUAUUCCAAGCAGAGCCUGGCACCACCACCACCAAGCAAAGCAAACUAUUUACUACGCCAGAUGCUUCUGGUGUAACCGCAUCCGAUAUCUUCUCCACCAUGUCUCUCCAGCAGACGGGAUUUAUCUCCAGUUUCGUUGGACCAUUUUCAAGGUCAACGUUUGGGGGCAGCAGUAUGUCCAUGUCCAGUCAUGAGACGGAAUCGUUAUCAGAAUAUACAGAAGAACCAGUACUUGGACGUGACAGAGGACACAGCUUGACUGAAUCUUAUACGAGGGAAGAAGAGAUCAGAGAACAGCCAAAGGAGGAAGAUUUGGAUAAGACGGUCAAUGUGUACCUGACGGAGACCGAGACAAUAUGGCUGCUAGACAUGCCUGUGGCUGUGAUCGCUGCCGAUUCUGAGGAAGCUGAAAUAGUCAACGCACGGAACCAGACCUACACUGAGCUCUGCAAAAGCAGAGCGGGCAACGAUCGCUAUGUAGAGAGAACCAUGCAAACGUUUAAUGAGGCACCGAAGUGUAAAGAGGUUCAGUGUGACAGCAUUGUCCACCAAGAUGCAGGUGUCAUGGCAUCAGUAUGGGACCUGUAUGAUUCAUUUCUUGCACCAGACCAAUCACAGGUGGAGGCUGCAGUGGAGACAGUCAGCCGGUCAGAGAGUGUGGCCAGCAACAAAUCCAGCAUGAGCCAAAGAAAUGUAUCUGGGAUGUCCAUGGAUAUGACGAAUAUGAGUACCAUCACAGAUUUGGACAGGCUUUCCAUUUCUUGGGCAAGUGAGGAGAAUGAGCCUGAUGCAGACGUAAUCCUAAAAUCAGAGAAGUUUCAGCAAGAUUUGUUCUUCAUGGAGAGAAUGGUGGUGGAGAACAUGUGCCAGCCAAAGCUUGCAGCAUACCGGCAGUUACCGGUGAUCAUAGGU